AUGUCCCCAACUGGUUUAUCACCGGAUAGUUCACAAGCUGGUUCAAGUAAUUUUACAACAGCAUCAACGAAUAUUUCAAGAAAUUCUUCAAUGUCAACAAAUAAUAUAGUUAAACAUCAAAAACAUUUACAGAAUGCUUUUGAAGUUUUUGAAAAAAGUUUUAGUGCUUCUGCUGCUGAUCAAAAACAACAUGAUAUUACACCCCCACCUUCUCAUACUAUGGCUAUGGUAGUUUCAUCUGCUUUACUAAUAAAUCAAAAACUACAUUACUUACAAAUGCCAACUCCACAUUCAAUACGUUCCAUUUCUCCUAUACAACGUGUGACUUCUGCUCCUAUAAUCCCCCCCCCUCAUUCUCUACUGAAUAAUCCUGAUAUUUCACAACAACAACUAUUAUUACAACAAUUACAAUUGCAACAAUUACAACAAUUGCAACAACUACAACAAAAUCAAUCAUCAUCAUAUCAACAACCAUCAUCACAUUAUCAAAGUAAUAAUGGUAAUGAGAUGGAUCAUUCAAUAUCAACAGCACGUCGUAUCUUAUCUAAUCCAUCAUCACCAGAUUAUAAAGAACGUCGUUCACGUCGUUUUUCUAGUGGUAAUUAUGGUGCUUCAACAUAUUUUAGUACCGGUGGCGCCGCUAAUAUUCACCAAUAUCUUCAUAAAAAAGACAAGAUUGAGGAUGUUGAGUAUGUUGAGGUUGAGGUUGAGGGUGAACAAUCUGAACUAUUUUCAGAGGAGGAAGAGGAAGAGGAGCGUGACGAUAAAUCAUCACUUUGUACUGGCAGUGAAAAUUGGGCUCAAAGCCGAAUUGGAAGUGAAGAAAAUUCUAAAGAUGAAGAUGAUAUGCUUGAUGCAAUAUUAUCAGAUAGGGAAGAUCGUAUGCUACCGUUAAUUGGUCAUUACUCAGCUGCAGAAUUCACGGAGGAUGAAGAUUAUGUAUUGGACAGCAGUGUGAUAGGUGGAAAUAAUAAUGAUGAUGAUUUAUUUGAUCGUUCAAUAAGUAGAAGGCAUAGUUUAGCUAGUAGAUUUAGUGGCGGGAGUGGGGGUGGAAGAAAUGCUAAAUUAAAAUUUAAAUAA